UCUCCUCCAUAUAAAAGCAGAAAUAACCAACACAUUUCACACCAAGCCUCAAUUGAAUUUUUUUUUAAUUUCUAUAUUGAAAGUUAAGCAAAAUGGGAAGGGCAAAGUUGAAGAUGGAGUUGAUCGAGAAGGAGAAAUCACGAAAUACGACGUUCAAAAAGAGGAAAGAAGGGCUAAUCCGCAAACUGAGCGAAUUCACGACUCUCUGCGACGUGAAGGCCUGUAUGAUCAUCUACGGCCCGAACCAGACCCGGCCCGAGAUCUGGCCGCCUCAGGACCCGGAGGAGGUCAGGCGCUUCAUCGACCUCUACAAGUCGAAAAGCAGCGGAAGCGUGAGGAAAUCCGGCGUGGUGGAGUUUUUCAACGAGCGGAAGCGGCAGAUCGAGGACGAGCUCAAGAAGCUCAAGCGGAAGAACCAAGAGGCCAAAUACCCGACCCGACCCGAACUCCUGAACGUGAUCAGCGAGCACCAGCUCCGCCAUCUCCACGCCGAGCUGACCGACAAGGCGCGGUGCGUGAGAUCUCGAAUCGAGCUGCUGAAGAUGAAGCAGAGGCCUCAAACAGAGCAGAACGCGAUGCUAAUGGAUCAUCGCCGAUUGCAUCCUAGCCCCGUGAUGGUGGGGAUUGGAUCGAGCAAUGCGGCUAAUAUGCAAAUGAAGCGCCAAAUCUACUACGAGUCGGCGAGCGGAUUUUAUCAGUCGUGGCCGCAGUACAUGGUGCAGCCUCCGCUUCCGCUUCCGCCUCUGCCUCCGCAGCAGCCUUACUUGCUGCAGGCGAUGGUCCAGCCGCAGAUGCAGUUUUUGGGAAAUCAAGAGGAGAUGAUGAUGAUGAGAAAUCAGGCGGUUAGGGCUCACAAUCUCAAUCAGGAUGGGGUCAAGUAUGAGGAUUUCACCAACAACAGGAUGUUCUCUUGCUAGGGUUUUGGUUUUUGAUUUUGAAUUUCGAUUAGGGUUUAGAUUUUCUUACACUUCUUGAUAUUUUGUUUUUAUUUUAUGGUCUGCUGCAAUUUUUGAUACUUACUAUGAUUGUUAUUUACUCAAGUUCCAUUUGA